UGUGUGAGAGUAAUGCUUCGGGGAGCUACGGUAUUUUCCAAACUGGAUCUACGGUCCGGAUACUGGCAGAUACGGAUGGCGGACAACUCUAUCCACAAAACUGCUUUCCGAACUCGGUAUGGAUCGUACGAGUAUUUGGUAAUGCCGUUUGGACUCACCAACGCACCGGCAACGUUCCAAGCCGAAAUGAACCACAUUCUACGACCACUUUUGGACGAGUGCAUGGUGGUGUACCUGGACGACAUCCUCAUCUACUCGCGCGACAUGAAGCAGCACGUCGAACACCUGCGACGCGUCUUCGAAAUUCUUCGACGAGAACGAUUCUACGUCAAACUGUCCAAGAGCGAAUUCGCCCUUGAGAAGGUCCAGUUUCUAGGACACAUGGUGAGCGCUCAAGGAGUUCACGUCGACCCCAAGAAAAUCGAAGCCGUACGUACGUGGAAGACACCCGAGAACGUGAAGGAGUUGCACCAUUUCCGAGGCUUCGCUAAUUACUACAACAGGUUCGUGCCACAGUAUGCGAAACUCGCAGCACCAGUUACGAAUCUGUUAAAGAAGAACACGCCCUACAAAUGGGAGCCGAAGCACCAGGAAGCCGUGGAGCAGCUGAAGCAAGCACUCACGUCCGCACCAGUACUCAUCUUGCCAGAUCCCGAACGCGACUACGUAAUCGAAGCUGACGCCAUCGACCAGGCAGUGGGAGCAGUCUUGAUGCAAGACCAGGGGAAUGGACUGCAACCAAUCGCCUACCUCAGCAAGAAACUACACGGGGCAGAACUAAACUAUUCGAUACACGACAAAGAGGCCCUUGCCAUCGUCAUCGCCUUCAAAGCGUGGAGAUGUUAUCUCGAAGGACGAAGAACAACCGUCUAUACCGACCAUUGCAGCCUGAAAUAUUUGAAGACACAACCCAACCUUUCUAGGAGGCAGGUCCGGUGGAUCGACUUCCUCGAGACACACUUCCACUACGACAUCGUGUACAAGCCCGGCCACAAAAACAAAAAAUACGCCCUCAUCCGGCCUGCACACCAACGCCAUGAGAGCAUCCAAGUCCCUGCAGUAGAGGAGGAAGGAAGGGGGAGAAGGAGGACUCAGCCCCCCAAAAGUCAUGACGCCAUCCUUGUCGUCAUCGACAAAUUCUCCAAAAUGGGACACUUCAUCCCGACACACACGACAGCAUGCACCGAAGAAACAGCACAACUCUUCGUUCGAUACAUCAUCUCACAACAUGGUAUUCCAACCACACUCAUCUCCGACCGAGACCCCAAGUUCACCAGCAAGUUCUGGAAGGAACUAAUGUCUCUGCUCGGGUCCAAACUCGCCAUGUCAUCCGCCUACCAUCCGCAGACAGAUGGACAGACCGAGCGCCUCAACCAAAUUGUUGAGCAACUCCUCCGAGCAGCCUGCAAGGACGAGAUCUUCAAAUGGGACUUGCACCUGCCCAUCCUAGAGUUUGCUUACAACAACGCUACACAUGCCGCUACAGCACAGACGCCGUUCUUCCUUUGCUACGGAUGCUGCCCACUCACACCACAGAAACCGACCACAUCAGCAACAGUCCAACCUGCACGCGACUUCAUUACGACCAUGCAUCAGCUUUGGGAUGGGACCCUUAGGCGCCUCCUUGACAUUCAACAGCAACAGAAGCGCCAGGCCGAUCGCCAUCGCAACGACCACACCAUUACCGUGGGAGACCAGGUGCUCCUUGACACCCUCAACCUUGACAUCAGCCAUCUCCCAUCGAAACUUCGACCUCGCUUCUGCGCGCUUUUCCUCCCCUAACGGGACCCGAACACGAUCUUUG